AUACGUGAUAAUAUCUCCUCACGAAGGGAUCUAUUGAUGCGGUAGCGCAUUCGUGUUUUUGAUUUCCCUUUCGUCUUGAUUUCAAGAUCGCCCUCUAUCGGCAUGGCCUUGUCAGCUCUGCGGUUAACUGCAUCACGUUUGGCAUCUCCGAUCAACCACGCCCUCCCAUCAAACUGGUCACGUGCUCUGGUUGCUACGGCAACUGGCUGUAGAUGGAAUGGACGUCUCUUUUUCAGUACAAGCACAGCGACAAGGACCAGUUGGUCAACUAAUCCCGGUACGUACCGACCUUCCAAGAUCAUCACCAGGACAGCGCAGACACAAUCCGCCAUCACGACCGAUGAGGAGAUCGCCUCCAUAGCGAGAAAUGCCUCUGAGGAUUGGUUCGAGAUCACAUGGAAGGAUGGCUUCCAAGGUCAGUACCCUUACGUGUGGCUCCGGGACAACUGUCGGUGCGAGGAAUGCUACCAUCAGGUGUGCUACCAGAGGUCCUUCCUGAUGGCUAAUCUUGACCCGGAAGUGAAACCUGUACAGGAAGGACUCACGGAUGAUGGAAAAGUCUUGAAGAUAAAGUGGUCAGACGAUCACGAUAGUAUCUACCCAUCCGAAUGGCUGAAACUCCAUCGCUUUGAUGAGACGGACUUUGACGUCGUCCGUAAGAUCAAACCGGUUUCCUGGGGAUCUGAAUGGACCAUACCAUCUUACAGCUACGAGGACUUCAUCAACAACGAUAAGACGCUCUACGACUGGAUGGACAGCCUCGUGAAGUAUGGACUCGUCAUGAUCAAGUAUGCACCAGCGAGUGACGGGAUCUGCCAGAAAGUGUGCGACAGGGUCGGCUACGAGAGAUUCACCUGUUAUGGGUCUGAUUUUAGGGUUGAAAAUUUGUUUGAUUCGAGCAGUUUGGCUUUCACGACCAACGAGCUCGGAUUACAUGUGGAUUUACCGUACUACGAUUACAGGCCCGGGGUUCAGCUCCUUCACUGCAUUCGCCAAUGUGAGGUUGAGGGAGGAGACAGCCAGUUCGUGGAUGCAAAGCGAGUUGUUGAUAGGCUGAAAGCAGAAGACCCAGAAUCCUUUGAGACAUUGACCCAAGUCAAAUUGGACUUCCGGUUAAUCGGAAAGGACUUCAUCGAUACGCAUCUUCAACAGGCAAGACCAAUGAUAGAGCUCACAGAUGACGGUGAAUUCAAAGGGUUGGCAUACAACGACCAGGUGAGGUCGCCCUACAUCAAUAUUCCUGUUCGUCAGGUUAAAGGCGUCUAUAAGGCCCUAAAGAGAUUCCACACAGCUAUGUACAGAAAGGAUAAUUUCAUCAACUACAAGCUUAAAGAAGGAGAGGUAAUUACCUUUGACAACAACCGGGUAAUGCAUGGUCGCAGUGCCUAUACAGUGACCUUCAAAGAUGGCAAAGACAAGUCAAGGUUGCUUGAGGGCGCCUUCCUGGAUUGGGAUGAAAUUUAUUCGCGUAUUCGCCUUCUUGAUGAAGGAAUGAACGGAACACCAAGACUUUAAAGUAUAUCUGGACAUCUGGACUGUAAAAUUAUAUCUAGACUGUAUAUAUAAAAAAUAUCUGGACACUAUUUUUUUUUGGAAGAGCGAAGUGACGACAAGCUACAGAUGUGUAGCAGAUUGUCCUUAAUAGCCUGUGUCGAGUGUGGGGGAUAUUACAAUCAUAAAGUAAGCGCUGCCUGACCAUGAGCAAUAUGCCAGCGUUCUGUAUAUUCUUUGGCUUGUAAUUUUUCUGUAUCAGCUGGAGAUUUUGUUAUUAUUAUAUACUUGAAGCUGAAUGUGUAAUGUGUACAGACGAGGUAUUUUCGGAUAAGUCUAUAGCGGCGGGGGGGGGGAUAAUCAUUCCCUAAUCGGUUGCUGUACAGAAUUUAAAAGAACAAUGCGGGAAGGACAAGCCCCAUCCCCACGAAAAGUAGAUAAACCAUUGGAGACAAUAACUUUUCUUUAAUAUGCUUCCUUACGUUAGGCUGGUGACCCGCUUCCUGAUGCAUCCCUCAGGGGUGCGCUAUAGGACCUCACUUUUUCAAACUAUAUCACUGCUCAUCGGUCAAACUAGAAUUGUUCGUGUAACGGUUUGCAAAAAGAUGCAAAACUCUACCAGGCAUUGUCCAAUGAAAGUGACUCUGAUGAUCCGGGUUUGGCAUCUCUGUUACUUACUUAGACAGCUGGCAGCCGUCUGUUUCGAGAAGUUUUUUUGACAUUUUUUUAUUCUCCAACGAAGUUUAGCGGACUAACCAACAUAACAGAGACCGAAGCUUUUGAUCUAUUGUUUACUGUGACUGAUUAGAUCAGGUUGUGUGUUGUUUACAAAAUACAUUCUUUGUUCCUUCCUGUACUAACACCGUAUCGAUCCAAAGACAAUUUGUACAUGUCAUCGUUUCUCUUGCUCUGACAUAUCAAAUUUUCCAUUGUUUAUUUUAUCUAAUAUAUUUGUUAUAAAGUACGUUUUUCCGUUACCAUGAUGAAAUUAUCCUUGCCCAGACAAAGAGAUAGAGACACAAAUAAUCUUCAAGGGCGCUACGAGGGGGGAGGGGGCACCUGCUCCUAAGAUUUUCCAAGUAGUAAAUUAAAAAAUAAAGGCCUUGGAAACAAUUAUUAUGCCCUUUCUUAUUCUGUUAUUAUCCACCUCCCUAUAGUCUAACGUUCUAACAAACGAGAUAUUUAAAAAGGGGUUUCUUAAGAAAAGUAUUGGUAAAAAUUAAGGAAACAUAUUCUGUUCGAUAUGCUGGGUGAAAUAUGAGAUGGAAUUCGUAUUCCUUGUUCAGAAGCAAUUCGUUUAUACUCUACCGUGUUCUUUAUUUUUAUAUAAAUUUAUUUUUAGUUUUGAUUAGAGGUGCACGGUGCGGUGUCGAACGCACAAUAUGCCUCAUCUCCCUGGCCCAUUUUAAAUUUUGAUGUAAUAUUUCAGUUUUCAGUGUAACAACUAGUUUUCUUUUGGGUUAUUAUUGGCCAUGAAUUCACAGUGGUAUUCGGCAUGUAUUCCCCUUUGUAACUUUUGUACAAUGUGUUAAUCUUUGCCAAGUAAUAAUAUAAGAAUGGAAAUAAAUAAUUCCUAUUUUCCUAUGUA